AUGCCAAACCCCUCGCCGGCUCUCGACCUUUCGUCCGGCCUCGCCACGAUUGUUGUGCUUAUUGCCAGUUGGCUGCUGCUUCGCUGGAAGCGCGGCCGGCGCGCUCCUCCUCCGCCUCGAGAAGAGCCGUCGGCGCCCGUCCGAGCCGUCGGCGCGAAAGCGGCGGGUCGCGGGCCGAUGACGAUCCUGUUCGGCUCGCAGACGGGCACGGCUGAGGGCUUCGCGACCACGCUGAUGCGCGAGGCGCGUGUGCGGGGGUACGCCGCACGGGCGCUCGACCUCGAGGAGCUCCCGCCAGAGGAGCUGGGCGGCGUGGAGGGGCCCUGCGUCUUCUUGCUGGCGACACACGGCGAGGGAGACCCGACCGACAACACGGUCGCCUUCCACCGCUGGGCCAGCGACGCGUCGCGCGAGCCCGGCUGCCUCGCGGCGCUGCAGUAUGCAGCGUUUGGGCUCGGCGACCAGUGGCGAGAGGAGCUGGCGCCGCUCGGGCUGGGAGACGACGACGGCGACAUCGACGCCGACUUUGAGUCGUGGCGCGCCUCCCUGUGGGUGGCCCUCUGCGGCGGGUCCGACCAGGCAGACGGCCAGGAGGAGGCGGAGGAGGAGGCGCCCGCGCCGAGCUACGUCGCCGUCUGCGAGAACCGCGAGCUCUGCCGGGACGCGUCCAGCGGAUCGGCGCUGCGCUGGGUCGCAGACUUGCGCGCGGCCGCGUCCAAGCCACUGCUCCGCUUCCUGGCGGCGCACGCAGCCGACCCUGCCGAGGCGGCGCGGCUGAGGCGCCUCCUCCUCCCUCGCGGGCGCGGGCAAGGGCGGGCCGGGGCGGGCGAGGGACCUGACUUUGCUGCCGCGUUGUGGAUGAAGGCACCUCUCCUCGCGGGCGGGCAAGGAGGACUCGAGGCGGCGGCCGCCGGCCGGUCCGUCGUCGCGUUUGUGCGCCGCUCCUCGUUCCGCUUGCCUUGCGACGGCGCCACGCCGGAGAUGCGCGUGGCUGCGGCAGAGGGGCGCGGCCGGACGGGGCCGACGCGGCUCUACUUUGGCUGCCGGCACGCGCGGGGCGACUACCUGUACGAGGACGAGCUGGCCGCCGCCCUCGAGGGCAAGCUGCUCGGCACGCUGCGCUGCGCCUUUUCGCGCGACGGAGCGCGCAAGGUGUACGUGCAGGACUUGCUGCGCGAGGACGGGAGGGAGGUGUGGUCGCUGCUGGGCUGCCGCGGCGGCCACCUCUACAUCUGCGGCGGCACCGCCAUGGGGAGGGAGGUUGUGCUGGCGCUCCAGCGCACCGCCGUCGAGCACGGCAAGCUGAGCGAGGCGGAGGCUGCCGCCUUCGUGUCUCGGAUGGAGGGCGAGGGCAGGCUUGUCAAGGAGCUGUGGUCGUGA